AUGGCGGGACGCGUGAGGCAUCCGAUUGACCAGGCGGCGCUGGAGCGGUACAUUGAGAAGAAUGUCCCGGAGAUCAAGACGCCGAUUGAGAUUAAGCAGUUCGGCUUCGGCCAGUCCAACCCGACGUACCAACUCACCUCCGCGACCUCGACGCGCUACGUCCUGCGCAAGAAGCCGCCCGGCAAGCUGCUCUCCAAGGCGGCGCACAAGGUCGAGCGCGAGCACCGCAUCAUCCACGCCCUCGAGCCGACGGACGUGCCCGUCCCGCGCGCGCUGUGCCUGUGCGAGGACGACGCCGUCGUCGGCACGCCGUUCUACAUCAUGGAGUUCCUCGACGGGCGCAUCUUCGAGGACGCGGCGAUGCCGGAGGUCGCGGACCCGGAGGAGCGCAAGGCGCUGUGGCGCGCGGCGACGCAGACGCUUGCGAGGCUGCACCGCGUGGACCCGGGCAGCGUCGGGCUGGAGGGGUACGGGAAGCGGGACGGGUUUUACGAUCGGCAGAUUGCGACGUGGACUACGAUUUGCGAGAGCCAGGCGGCGGCGGAGGAUCGGGAGACUGGAGAGAAGGUGGGGGAUUUGCCGCAUUUUGGGGAGAUGAUUGGGUUUUUUAAGGAUAAGGCGGCGCAGCCGAGGGAUCGGGGCACGUUGAUCCAUGGGGAUUUCAAGAUUGAUAAUAUCGUGUUUCACAAGACGGAGGCGAGGGUGAUUGGGGUUCUCGACUGGGAGAUGUCAACAGUAGGUCACCCGCUCUCGGACCUCUGCAACUUCCUGACGCCGUACUUCACGGCCUCGCGCGGCAACUCGGGCGUGUACGCGCACGAGGGGUUCCUCGCGGGCGCGACGCCGGGCCUGCCGAGCGUGGACGAGAUCGUGGGAUGGUACCGCGCCGAGGCCGGGUGGGACCCGGCGCCGGAGCUCAACUGGGGCAUGGCGUUCAACGUGUUCCGGCUGUCGGCGGUGCUGCAGGGCAUCGCGGCGCGGGCGGCGCAGGGGCAGGCGAGCAGCGAGCAGGCGAAACGGUACGCGGUCACGAGGGGCCCGCUGGCGGAGUUUGCGUGGGAGCUGGUGGGGAGGACGGGAUGA